UCCGGUCCCGCCUAUUCUCUGCUGCCCUGGACCUUUAGGCUUGUCUUGGCCCGUUUGAAGACCAGGAAGUUGAUAAGUCGCGAGGCUCGCUGCUGAGAGACGGUGGCUCGGGUGGGACAGUCGCCAGGGAUGGCGGAGCGUAAGGAUGGAGCGGGUGUCCGGACUGCUCUCCUGGACGCUGAGCAGAGUCCUGUGGCUGUCGGGCCUCUUUGAGCGGGGAGCUGCCCGGCAGCCCCGGAUCAUGGAAGAGAAAGCGCUAGAAGUUUAUGAUUUGAUUCGAACUAUCCGGGACCCAGAGAAACCCAAUACUUUAGAAGAGCUGGAAGUGGUAACGGAAAGUUGUGUGGAGGUUCAGGAGAUAAAUGAAGAAGACUAUUUGGUUAUUAUCAGGUUCACGCCAACAGUACCUCAUUGCUCUUUGGCGACUCUUAUUGGGCUGUGCUUAAGAGUUAAACUUCAGCGGUGUUUACCGUUUAAACAUAAGUUGGAAAUCUACAUUUCUGAAGGAACCCACUCAACAGAGGAAGAUAUCAACAAGCAGAUAAAUGACAAAGAGCGAGUGGCAGCUGCGAUGGAGAACCCCAACUUACGGGAAAUCGUGGAACAGUGUGUCCUUGAACCUGACUAAUAGCUGUUUUAAGAGCCACUGAACUGGAAUCAUUUGAUAUAUUUGUUUAAACUCUUUGUAAAAUGUAAAGGACUCAUGUUUAAUACGUAGGUGAUUUGUACCUCAGUGCAUUUUUUUAAAGGAUGAUUUCCAAGCAAGAUUUAAUUAUAAGGUAGUACCUAGUUUGUUCAGUGUUUAACAUUCUCAGGAUUUGUAACACUUAAAUGAUCAGACAGAAAAAUAUUUUCUAGUAAUUAUGUGUCAGAUGAGUUGCUAUUUUUCUGAUGCCCAUUCUGAUACAACUGCUUUUCACGUCAAAUAUUUACUGCGCCCAAAUAUAUUCAGUUUAAAUCAUUACUCUGUAAAUAAAUAAAACAGAGAUGAUUCUUGUA